CCUAGUGAGACGCGACGCACUGAGGCUCCAGGAUCGCAAGGGCUGGAAGCUAGAGGCUGACGCCAUGGAGUACACAGGGAGCCAAUACAUUGGGGAAUAUGUAGACGGGAGGAUGGAGGGCGAAGCCGAAUACAUCCUCCCUACCAAAACAAAAUACGUCGGGGAAAUGAAGGACGGCAUGUUUCAUGGCCAAGGAACCCUGUACUUCCCCAGCGGGAGCCGCCAUGAUGCCAUUUGGGAAAAGGGACUGGUCGUGAAGGGCACGUACACCUUCUCGGACGGGCUGCAGUAUGACGCCCAGCACUGGCAUUACUGUGACAGCUGCGAUCGCAGGUUUUACACGGAGAUCUGCCAUGGCUUGAAGCCUGCAGGUAUCUCUCAACUCACCAAUAUGGACCCACCUAGAAAAAUCCCUCAGGGCUGUUAUGACUGUGGAGACGGCUUCUAUAACCCAGCCACGAGGAUAGUCAAGGACUAUAGGAACUGCUUUCUGAGAAAUGCAGAUGAUGAUGAGCACGAGUGGAUCAUCAGGACGUGUCGCAAGGGCUGGGACGAGAUCGUGGGUCACCGACCCAAACUGUGAGCUUGGCUGGCGGAGGUUUCCUGUAGCCUGCUGGCCGUGGCCGUGGCCGGCCCUGGGGGCAGCCUGCAGUUCCAGACCCUGGCUUUUAACUCAGGAAUAAAGCCUUCCUGCUCUCAGUGGCCCCAAGUGUACUUUCCUGAGAUGGUUUCUUAGGGGAUCCUCAUUUCACCGACAUCAAAAUCACCUGUGAAUUAGAUAGAUCUGGACCCUACCCUAGACAUGCCAACCAGAAUCUCUGGGAAUGGGGUCUAGCAAUGUGCAUUCCCAGCUGCCAUUCCCUGAUGCAUUCUUAUCUCCCAGGUAUUUCUCAACAUCACCCCCAAGACCAAAUGUCAGCUGAAAACCAGAAGAGGAAGGGGUGACAUGUUCUAGGGCCACACUUGGGCCACAGGCAUCCUGGCCUCUGCAUAACCGUCCCUCCAUAGAGGCUGCUGGAUCCCGCAGCUCAUCCCACCCCCACCCCCACCCCCCGUGCUUUGUUCCUGGUUCACCAAGAGCUGCCAGGAGAAGGCGGGCCUGUGAAGGCUCUGACAAGGUCUGCAGGGGUAGGAAAGUGGCCCUCAAACCAGUGACCCAGAGUUGGCAGGCUAGGCAGAGUUAGGAGUCAGAGGGUGGCCUGGGCACACUCAGCUGCUCCAUGGAGGGAUCCUGGGGGGUUCCCCCCUCCCCUCCAGGGCAACAGUCACCUCUAUAGAACGACAGGGUUUAUCUCCACAGGGGUUUCCAAACUGUGCUUUGAAAACAGAAGUCACGUUCAUGUAAAGAAGCACACACACACAAUUAAACCUAGCUAAACUAGUUUUGGAAAGAUACACAUAUAGGGCGCCUGGGUGGCUCAGUCGUUAAGCGUCUGCCCUCGG